AUGAGCAAGAAGGCAGUUAGAUUGGCGGUCAAGGAGGCUCUUCAUAAAGUUACAUCCAAGGAGGUUGAAAUUCAAUCUCGUUGUAUAGCUUCAGCCCUCAGACCACUGUUGGAAUCACAUCACGAUGUAGCUUGCUAUAUGAGCAUGGAUCAAGGUGAGAUUGACACGAGCUAUUUGAUGGAAUGGUUAUUUGAACAAGGCAAGAAAGUAUAUUUACCAAGAUGCACUUCCACUACCAAAACUGGACAAGUACCAUUGAGGGCAGUGGGUGCCUCCGGCGGACAUCCUCAUCUUACAUUCCAUUCGAUGGAUUCUUGGGAGAAAGUAAAAUUGUUGGAACCCAGAGGUAAAUAUAAUUUGAGGGAGCCUGAAGCUGAGUCACCAGCGCCAUUACCACCUCGUUUAGAUGUUAUGUUAGUACCCGGACUAGCGUUUGAUCCCAGCAGAGGGACGAGGUUGGGCCAUGGUGCUGGUUAUUACGACGACUUCUUUCAAAGAUAUCAAUUACAGCAUAAAGGUGAAAAGCCAUUACUUGUGGGACUUGCGCUUAUAGAACAACUACGUGGAUCCAUACCAACAGAUUCUCACGAUUGGACUAUGGAUUGUAUUGUAAGCGGUGAUGGUAAAGUACAAUGGAUAACUAAUUAA